UACUUGCAACACGUUGGCAGCCUCAAAGCUGGUCCCCAUUUUGAAUUUAAGUUUUCAUUUUCCGGAAAAGAUGUCAAGCGGCCAGUUGGGAAAAACCAAGAACUCCACCUCGCCCGGUGGAGCUUCCUCCACCGCAAGCAAGGAUCAAGAGAUGUUCGUGGUGGAGAAGAUCUGCGGCAAGCGCUUCCGACGCGGCCGUCCCCAAGUCCUAGUCAAAUGGUUUGGGUUUCCGGAGAAGGACAACACCUGGGAGCCCCUGGAGGAGUUGGGCAGCUGCGCGGUCCUCCUGGCCGACUUUGAGGCAGAGAACUACAGGCUGAACCAGGAGAAGGAAAAGCAGAAGGAGCAGGCCUCGGCGUCCGUCGGCAAGAAGAAGUCCAAGGGGUCCAAGCAGCCAGCUGCGACUGCCAAGGGCAAGAAGCCGCAGGAUGUGAAGCCACCGAUUGGCGAAGCUGCAGCACCAAAGUUGAAUUUAACGAAUAUCAAUCCUUCAUUUCUGAAGGGUGCCAUCACACGGCGCAUUUCAGUCCACAUGCGCCUGAUCGAGUCCGGUGACCAGAAGCCACCAGUAAGUGGGCCCACAUCCGUUAAAUUGGCAAUGGAGCAGAUCCAUCAGUCUCCGACAACCAUGGAGCAACCGAAGACCCAAGCUCCAAAACUCAAGGGCCAGGUGGACAUGCUGCUAGAGGGGAAAGAAGAGACCGCAGUGCAGACAGGGAACCCGAAGCGCAGGAGCUCAGAGGCACGCUCUCCGGCGACUGAAGAAAUAGACGUGGAUGCCUGGAGGAUGCCGCCGUGGGAGGGACCCUCCGGGGUGGAGCGCGGCCUGGAGCUGGAGAAGGUGCACCACUGCUUCAAGGUGCACGAUCAGCUCUUUUUGUUCGUCACCUGGAAGGGAUGCCCGACGAUGGAUGCCGUGCCCGUGGAGGACAUCAAGCAGGCUUACCCCAUGGCCCUAAUUCAGUACUUCAGAACCUUGAAGCUACAGCUCGAUUAAGGGUGUCAGGAACACUACCUUAUAUUUUUAAUAUUAAUAUUAAUGUCAGGAAUAUUACCCUACAGGAAGGAAGAAACUAAAGAACAGACAUGGCCAUACAUGAAGCUAAAAGCUGACCAAGGAUGUCGGGAAUAAUAUAAUAUUAUUACGUCUGGACUAUUGUUUUUAUCUAUGUUAUGUUUUUAUGCCAAUCAAUUACAGACCAAUGUUUUUAAUUUCUUACAAUAUGAACUGUGGUUUUUAAAAUUAAUUUUAGUACAUACGCAUGUAUUACUUUCUUAAAUGUUCAAAUGUCUUCAAAGAAACCCGAAAUAAUAAAGUUCAUAAUUUAAACCGA